AGAAGCAAAAAUAUACUUUAAUAUAAAUUUAUAUAAAAAUUCAGUGCAUUUAGUUUUGGUUUAGAAAAAUAAAUAAAAAAUUAAACCGCAAAAAAUAAGGUUGAAAAUUAAGCGACAGAAAAAAUUAUUUUCGGCAACACAUUUUCAUUCUUAUCAUUUUUAUUGUUUAAAACGGCGCGAUUGAACGAAAAUUCCCCAUUGGUGCACGUCGAAAAGCAAAUCAGAGACGAGAAUUUAUCGCGCGAAUAAAUAUUACGUUUUUAUCAGCAUAGAAAGAAAAAAAAUAUCAAAUCGGAAUCGGCAAAGUUACGAGCUGUAAAAGAAAUAAUUUAAUUAAUUGUAAUUAUAUUGGAAUUAACAUAUUAAUUAAUUUUGGCUGCAUGAGUGGUCAAAAAUUAAAAGAAAAAAAAAUAAUUAAGUGAUAAAAGAAUUAAAUGAGCGACUGAAGACCUACAAAAAUAAAGUGAAAUAAAUUAAAUAAAAAUUAGUGAAAUUUUUUUCAAGGGCAUAGCUAUUGAAAAUCAAUUGAAAUGUGCAUAGAUACACAGGAACAGUAAAGUUUAUAAAAAAUAAAAAUUAGUGUAAAAAAUAAUUUUGUAAAAAAAUUUACUAUUUAUAAAAUGACUAGUACAGGGGGAACCCAACAGUUGUCGGUUCCCCAAACUCAAAAUAGUGCAUAUUCUUGUACACACUGUGGUUUAUUGUUUGAAUCGUCUACCUCAUUGCAAGUACACAUGCAUUAUCAACACGAGAAUCAAUCGCGUUGGGGUGCAUCACCAAAUACGAUAAUUUCAACUUCCGCACCAUCAUCGACGACACCGACUGAUACUGAAACAAAUAAUAAUCAGCCAAUUGGCAAGCAUCAUAUUAAAGCAAUGUCUCCACAUCAAAAUACAAUUGCUGCUGCAGAUUCGAGCGGUGGUGACAAUAAUAAUCCACCAACGCCACAACCACCUCAUGAUACAGGAACGCCGCAUAGCUAUCAAUCAGGUGGUCCAAAUUCUCCAUAUGGUUCAUCAAAUCCGCCAGUUAUUUCACCUCCAAAUGAUAUUCAUCACUCAUCAUAUCCGGCAACUUAUCCUUCAUACGAAGGACUUUAUUAUCACAAUCUGGAUUACGGUCAAUCAGUUCAUCAUCAACAAGAGUACAAACAGACAGUGCCUUCAUCACGUUAUCAACCAUACAACAAUAGUCAAACUUCCAAUUCUCAAGUCCCAACCACAAACUCUUCAGUACAAAUCAAUAAUAAUGGAUUGAGUCCACGCGUUGUAUCGUCAACAUCACCGACACACACAAGUGCAUCACCAUCACAAAAUAGUAAUGCACUGCUACAUAUUCCACCUGGUCAACCGACUCCUUCCCCAUCACCAAAACAAUGUGAUAAGUGCGGCGUUGUAUGUGAAACAGAUGGACAAUUAAUUGAACAUAGUCAAGUUGCACAUUCUCAUUCCGAUGGACAUAUUGUAAAUGGAAAUGGCAUUGGACAUAUUAAGACGGAGAAUAUUGAGCAGAAUUAUCCACCAUUUGCACAUCAACAUCAUCAUCAUCAUCAUUAUAAUGUAAAGGAAGAACCAUCAUCUGAUAUACUCGAUCUCGAUUCACAAAAAAUGGUAUAUCCACCACAUCCUGAUGGCGUACUACCACCAAUGCAUUCACUACAUCCAUUACAAUCAAUGCAAAGGCAUCAAAUGAUUUGGGGUCAUCCUGAUGCACAUUUUAUACCACCACAUCCAGGCGCUUAUCAUCAGACAAUUAAACCUGAAUAUCCACCAACACCUCCGAUUAAUACAGCGAGUCAUAUGAAAGCGCCAAUUGAUGGCUACUCACCAAUUUUACCACCAACGCCGGUUUCAAUGAAGCAAGAGUAUAUUAAGUCAUCGGAAUAUAAUUCUGGAAAUGCAGUUAAUCAAAGCAAUUCUUUACCGCCUGCAUCGACAAUUUCAAAGAAUUUUACUCCAGAAAUUGCAGAUACAGGUAAUCAAUUGACGACUUCACCGUCAGACUUUCCAAGUACAACAACACCACAGGAAAAUGGUGGACAAUUUCAAAGAAAUUUUGAGCCUCCAUCAUCGACACAUCCAGUAGGUACAAAAAGUACGGGAUGGAAAUCAAAUGAAGCUCGACGACCAAAAACAUACAAUUGCACGGCAUGUAAUAAAUGGUUCACAAGUUCAGGACACCUAAAACGUCAUUAUAAUACGACACUCCAUAAAAAUGCUGUUAAAUCAAGUGGUCAACCAGACCCAGCGACAUUACCGAUUAGUGCUCAUCAUCAUCCAAAUAGAGAUCCAAAUUAUAUGGGGAAAAGAAGAUCACAUCAUCAAAGGAAUCAGCAAGCACAACAAGCACAACAGGCACAACAACAAGCCCAACAGCAAACACAAAAUCAAGCUAAUAAUCAAGUAACGACAUCAGUGAAUCAACAAACGACAUUGCAGCAACAAACAAUUCCGGCUGAGAAUUCAACACGUAGUCCUGACUAUCAGCCACAAUUUUCACUGCCAUCAUUCGGCUCAUCAGCACUUCAACAGGGUUUCCAACAAUACAGUGGUUCAGCAAACAUCCACAAUGCAUCGGGAAACGGGCAAGCAGGCUCCUCACUACAAGUUGCCUCCCAAUUGAGGGGCCUGCAAUUGUUGAGCAACAGCAACUUAUCAAUGGACCAUCACCAGGCACACCAUCACCUUCAGCAACAGGAGCCCCAGCUCAUGGAACAUAUUUCCACCAUCAUCAGCUCCACCCAACCGCAGUCCACCAUCAUGCAAUCGCCAGUCACCAACAGCAUCAACAAUUUAACGGAUCCGCAGCAAUAUCAGCAUUUGGAUACCAACACCAACAUCCCCUCGGAUUACCGCAUAAUCACCACCACGGAGGAACUGAAUUAUCACAAUACUAUUGGUAAUUUACGAACAUCUCAUGACUCUCAACAUCUUUCAAUCAAUGACUCAAAUGAUGAAGAUCUAAAUGAUGAUCAAUAUUCAAUCUUACAACCACUUCCAUCAAUACAUCCACAUCCUGGUCAUUAUAUGACAUCGUAUGAUCAAAUUGUGUCACGUUAUACAGGAGGUGUUGCAUAUACAGGAGAUAUGCCUCCACCAUUUUCGCCAGACAUGCCUGAUCAAUAUCAACAAAUGGUGACUGGUACAACAACGGGAACAAGCAUGUCAUAUGAGGAUGAAAUGAUGCCACAAAGUGCAAUGGCACCCUCAUCGCCUAGCAUAUCAUCAACGGGACAUAUCCAAAUGACAAUCUUAUCAACAUCAUCCAACAUAUCGUCGAUGGAUAAGUCAUCGUCAAAAGUCAGUAAGCGAUCUGUGGCAUCAGCAGUAGCAACAUCAUCAAUAAGUGAAUUUCGUUGUGAUAUAUGUGAUAAAGUGUUCAAUAAAUCGUGUUACUUAACACAACACAAUAAGACAUUCCAUGUUGGGGAAAAGCCAUUCAAGUGCCAUCGAUGUGGUAAACGAUUCCCAUGUGAUGCUUCUCACGAGGAGCAUGUCGCUAAACACGAUGGCGACAAACCAUUUAAAUGUGUCCAAUGUCCAAAGGCAUUUAAUCAUAAGACGGAUCUACGACGUCAUAUGUGCCUUCACAGUGGAAGCAAGCCAUAUACUUGUGAACUUUGUGGGAAAGGUUUUAUACGUAAGGAUCAUAUGGUGAAGCAUACAGAGACACAUACGAAAAAGAAGGGUAAUGGCAGUAAGAAACCUAAAAAUGGUAAGAAGAGACUCUCAUCGCUUAGCUUACUUCCCGACUCUAACGACUCUAUGCAUGCAUCUGACUAAAAAAAUGUUUUUAUAAUAAUUUAAGUUUAAUUUUUUUUGGACUAAAAACCACAGCAAAAAAAGUGAACGUGAAGUUACCAAAGUAUUAUACUACCUCAAAAAAAAGUAAUGAAACAAAUGAAUAAUAAUAAAGUGAUUUAAAAAAGUCUAAUCUACUUACAUAAUUCGUUCUUAACAAAAUGAUGAACUCGAAAAUGAGAAAAAAAUAUAUAAAAGAAAGGAACUGUAUCUGAUUGUUAACACAUAAAAAAUAUCUACCUCAAAAAAAAAGAAAAAAGUUUAUCGAAUCAAUAUUUACACAAAAUAUAAGAGAAUAAGUACGGAAGACACAUAAAAUUGAUGAAAUUUGGCGCACAUUUGCUUCUUCAAGGUUCUUUGAAAAAUUGGCAAAAUUUAACAAAUUUUUGAGAUUUGAAUAAUUGACGUUUAUUAAAGUUCAACAGUUUAUCGGUUUUGUAAAAUUCAAAAUUUAACGAUUUUGUAAAAUUUAAAAUUUAACGGUUUUGUAAAAUCUGAAAUUUUACAGAAGGUUAAAAACGAGUAAUUUUGAAGAAAUUGUUGAAAAAAAUUGAUUUUCGUGAAAAACUCAACAGUGAAAAAGUAACAAAAUCUCAAAAUUUUACGACUCAACAAUAUUUUACAAUCCAUUAAAUUCAAAAUUCUUUAAGCACAAACAGACAUUAAAAUAUGAGUACAAAUCUUGCAGAAACAAAAGUGCGCCUAAAAAAGACCAGCAAAAGCUACUAAAGAGAUUGAGUGAAAUGAUGUGGUGGUUUAAUCGUGAUUUAAAAAAAGAAUGAAAAGUUCACUGAAAAGGAAAAAAUGAUCGAUUUUCCUCUCAUUAGCACACAUUUCAUUUUUGCUCAAAAUUUCCUAUUUUUUAAAAAAAAAUAUUUUUUUUUAUGUUAUACUUUAUAAAAAAAAUGGCAAUUGCUUUAUAUUAUCCUUAGAGAGAUUUCUUUACUCUAUUUAUAUACACACAUCAAUACACACAAGCACAAAAUACAUAAGAACGUACAUUCAUGCACAUCAAAUGGACGCAAAGGAAAAGAAAUAAGAAAAAAAAAUAUAAAAGAUUUAUAUAACAAAAAAAUAAAUAAAUGUACCUAAAAAACUUCAAAUCCAGAAUAAGCAUGAUUGAAUUUAUUUAUAGAAGUAAAAAAAUAUUUGAAGAUAAUUUUUUCUAUUGAAAAAAAAAAUGAAAUAAAAAGUGUAAAAGAUGUCAAAAUUUUUUUCCAUUAAGUUCAAAUUAAAUUUAUUUUUUUCGUCUUAUUUUGAGCAAAAAAGAGAAGGAAUUUGUCUCCUGGAUAGGUAGGCACAAAAACAUAUUUGAUGUGAAUAUGUCAGGGAUGUAGCUAGUAUUUUUUAAAUUUGCAACUAAAGGUUUCCAGUCGAACGACCUUCCUGGCUACAUCCUUAAACAAAUACCUUUUUCUGAUUGAAAAAUUGGAAGUCGGUGAAGACAAUGGAGAAUUAAAGUAACGGUUUUGUAUUCAGAUUCAUAAUUAAUUUCCCAUCUCUUCCUGCUCAUUCUUGUGUUGUUUAUUUGGUUCAUGAAACAAAUAGAGCAAAAGUGUCUCCCUACCUUCCUUAAUGUUUAAUCAGUGGAAAUAUUUUUUUUUGCUCUUGUCACAUUUUGUGUAAAAAUAUUUGACGUUGAAAAAGGGCAUCGACAAACUAAUGUUACUAAACAAUGAUAUAUACUCUCUGAUAUAGCUACCUCGUAUAAAAAUAUAAACGAAACGUGAUUUUCUCCUCAAGAUGAUUGUUAUUAAUUCCAAUGAAUCUUUUUGUUAAAAUUAAAAAUUAAUAAUGAUAAAAAAUUGUUUUUUUUUUCAACCAUUUUUAUGCUUUAAGUUUUUAUAUUUUUUACUUGUAUCUCUCUUGCUGCCAUUUUUAUAAAUGCUUCCAAUUCAUUCAUAAGGAUAGUUUUUUUAUACGAUGAAAAAUAAUUGUUUUCGUUAAUUUUUUUUGUUUAAUUUUUUUCACUUUGGGGUUCGUUCAUUAAUGAUGUCUGUUAUAAUAUUUGAUAUUUUCUCCUCUACUUAACAUCUUCCCCAAUUAUUUCUAUUAAAGAACCCCCUAUUCCAUUCAAAGUUAGACAUAAUAAUUGAUGGACCCCCAAAAACGACCAAUUAAGUUGCCAAUGAGCAAAAACUUGUAAAAUUUUGGUUACCAAAUCUUUGUCUUUUUAAUUAUAUUUUUUUUUAUAAAAGAGACUUCCAAAAUAUUUUCUUUAAUUGUCUCUAAUUUUGUAGUUUAAUUAUUGAAUAAGCAGAGUACUAAAAAGGCAAGAAAAUGGAAACAAUAAAGAAUUUUUAAGUGACAGAAUCAUAUAUCAAAAAAAGUAACGGACAUUUUAUAUUUGAAAAACUCAUUUUCACGAAAUAUAUUUCAAAUAUUGUUAUUUAACGGAAUUUUCUAUGAAAAACUUCCUGAAAUGUGAUUGCUGAUGAUUUUGUCAAUAAUUAAAAAAUCUAGUAUAAAAGAAAAUCAAUAGAAUUAGUAGAAAAAAUUUAAUUUCAUGCAAAAUGAUGAAAAAUUGAAACUUUUAAAAUUCCAAAAUGAUUUUAUUUGCGUUUUCUCCUUAUUUUGUGAUAUUUUUUUUUGAGAAUAAAGCAUUUAUUUGAAUUCAAAAUUAGUAAAAAAUCAUUACCGAAGUUCUCACCGAAUGGCAUUUGAUUUAAAAUUCAUUGGUCAAAAUUGAGGAAGUUUUGCUUAUUUAAAAUUUAACGGUUUUCAAAAAUUCAAAAUUACAAGACCUGGCUACAAAUUAGAACAAAUUAGAAAAAAUUCAAAGGUUUUUGAUAAAUUCAAAAUUUUGAGAGACUUGAUGUUAGCUGAAAUUGGUAUAAUUGUGAACAUUUAAAAAUAUUUAACCGUUAAAUUUCAAAUUUGUCAGAGAAACCUUUAAUCAAAGGCACAAGAAACUUAAGUUUUGACCGAAAAUCAUGCUGAAAAUUUACAUAUUGAUCCAAAGGCAAUGCAAUACUUUACUAUUAGAGCAGAACGUUACCAUAUCACAGAUUUAUAAAUUAAUAUUAGUUUGCUUUACAUAUCAAUUAUGAACAAAUGAAGGAAUUUAAUUUCAUAUCACCUCAAACAAACAAAGAGAAUGUCCCACAAACUGUUUGGGUACAGGAAACUCAUACAUUUCAGAUAAACUACGACAAGAAAGAAUAAAGAUUGAUCAAGGAUUGAUGGAUUGGCCAUAUUAUUAAGUAAUGAAGAGAAAAACAAAUCAUUAGAAAUUUAAAAAAAAUAAUAUUUCGAGAGAAAGCAAAGCUAAUAUUGAAAAAAAAACCUAUAUAAUAAUUGUAUAAUUGUAUUUUGAGUGUGUACAAGAAAAAUAUAAUCAUAAAAAAUUGGAUAUCAUUAAAAAAUUGAAUAUUUGGCAUAAAAAAAUUUGCUCAGCGAAUAAAAAAAAAUUUAAAGUAAAAAAAGUUUAUCUUUAGGAUUUUUUUCAUGUAAUUUAAAAAAAGAAAAAUGAAUAAGAAAAAAGUAAAAAAAUUGCAAUUAAAACUGUUAAGUAUCACAUAAGCAAUUCGUUUAUCCAUUCAUUUACGAGCGUGUAUACGGAGCAAUUCUUACACAGAAAUAUAAUUUAACACUCAAACAAAAUUUUUGAUUUCAAUUCCGUUUUUAUUUUGCAUUCCUUCCCCCCUGUGAAUCAAGAAGAUGAAGAAAAUUCCAAAAGAAUCUUCUCCAAUUACUAGAUAAUUAAGUAGUUAGAUUUAAAGAAGAACAAAAAAACGUAGAAAUGAAAUUGAGAUCCAAUUUGCUUAUUCUACUAAAUUAUAUAUAUCAACAUACAUCACAUACACAGACAUAUACAGAAAAAGACAUUACAUAAAUAAGUUCAUUUUAUUGUAAAUAUUAUAAAAAAAAAUACAAAAAAAUUUGAUGUAUUUCCAAAAAAAAAAUCAAGAUACUUUAAUAAUGUCAUUAUUAUCUGUUUUGUUAGUCAAGUAAGAUGGGC